AACAAUAAUUUAUAAUAGUGAACUCCUUUACGCAACUUAUUGAUUUCAAGUUUACGUCAUGCCUUAAGGUAUUCUGUUUUGAGAUAACAAGCUCUCGCAGUCAUAAACCAACCCCGGUGAAGGUGAGACAAUGUCGACCCAUCGUUCAUCAUCGCUGAUAAUAGAUGGAGGGAUAUCGUUGUCUUUUCGGGAAGAGCUGGCAACAACAAUUCACGGGGCUUUUGAAAUUGCGGUUGAAAUUGUUGUGUUAGAAAUCACCAAACUGGUCGAUCAGGCUCUAGGAGAUGUCCACGAACAGAUGAGUGAGACAUUACGCGAAAACAAGUCUCUUAAGUUGCUUUUGAAAGCUGCUGAGCAAAAGCUCGAGUCACUCUCUGGUAGUGUAAAGUGUGAAAGUUCGGGGCAACUAACGACCGUCGAGUCCAGCAGUGAGUCCUGUCGCCACCAGCAUAGCCGUGAGGACAGUGACGGGUCAAAAUCCGACCAAGAGACGAAGCAGAAUAAAGAAAACUCGUCCUCCCUGAACAAAGCAGACGAGGGACUCGAGGAGAAUUUCAUUCACGAGGCGGAGACGUGUUCUGAAAGACUGAAUGAAUCUUUCGAUGAGAUUCGCGAAGAUGGCCGGGUGUGUUCGUAUGAUAUAAACGCUACUCAUGAAGAUCCAAAACAGGAUUCCUCCAGCUCGUUUUCUGACAGCCAGAUGAAUCCAGGAAGCGUUGAUAGUGAACCAGACGCCGAAGGUGACGAUGACGAGACGCCGGUUCAGCCGAAAGCAGAACAUUUCCAUGUGAAGGAGGAGAGGUCAGAUCUGGAAUUGGGUCAAGGUGCUGGAGCAGAGGCUGGUCCCAGUCCAGGCUGUAGUUUUGACUCUGCAGCUGACGAUGAGUUUGGGUCAGACAGUCUUGCUCUGGCUCAGUCGAAGAUGCUGGAGGACUGGAGACCUGACCCCCAGCCUAAGGAGAAUGAGACAGAUCCACAGCAGCCAGGACCUAGUCACACUCUGGAAACCUCCGAUUUAAGCUCCUCUAUUGGAGGCCUUCCUGUGUUUCCCGCCCCUUUUCCAGGACUCUGCCAAUCAGGAGACAGGACUGCUCUCUCCCAUCCCUCACCUCAACAUUACAAUGUUCACAUUCGGACAAACUUUACUCCUAACAUGCAUGUCUGUAAAAUCUGUGGCCAAUCCUUCCACAGACAGAGUGAUUUAAAAAGGCACCACAGCCAACAACACAGGUCUGGUCCAGCCAACCAGAACCCUUUCUCCGGAUCCAUCAGGACCCCAAAACGACAGAUGUUCCCCCCCGGCCAGAGUCCAUACCACUGCACGGAGUGCGGGCGGGAUUUCAACCGCAUGGAGAACCUGAAAACGCAUCUGCGGAUCCAUACAGGGGAACGUCCGUACAGUUGCUCCGUGUGCGGCGUCCGAUUCCGCCACUCGGGGGCGCUGACACGCCAUUUCCGCAUCCACACGGGGGAAAAGCCGUACGUGUGCGGAGAGUGCGGGAAAACGUUCCGGAACUGCGGUGGCCUUCGGCUGCACCAGAGAUCCCACAACAGGGAAAGAGGAGAGAUGUUUUAAAAAGAGGACGGCCGUGUCAGGUUUUGGACAGCUUCGCCGUUCGGUUGUGUUAGUGGUGUUUCGCUUAGAACGCGUUUGUCGUGUUGUAGAGCUCGUUAGACGAGGCUAGUGAGUGCACAAUGACACACACGUAAAGGGCUAAUCAAAACCGGCUCAAAACCACUGCUGAACACUCAAGCUGUUGGGGUUAUAUUUGGAUACCUGUCUUGCUUAAACCAUUAGGUACCUGAAAAUCAAAGAUGUGGCAGUUUCUUAUGUGAGAAUAUAGUCAGCUGUUUGGUCUGAUUCUCUGAAUGUCAUUAAAGUGCUAAAUGGUUCCAUGCCGUACCAGUGGUCCAUAACAAUAUUUCAUUUAUUUAUUAAGUGCUUUUUACACAUGAACCUCAAAUCCUUUUGGUUUGACUUCUCUCUUUUUGGAAACCUUAACUUAUUCAGAAUAAGCUUAUACAGAUUUAAAUGUC